AUGAAGGUAUCCUGAUGAUAACCCCUGUUAUAAAUAUCAUUCACUUAUCAGACUUGAAAUAUAGCUCUUUUUGUAGAGUUGCUUUUUUAAGUCUGUACAAUACACAAUUCUCAAAUCUACUCUCAAGGAGAACAGGAAAACUGGUGUUUGUCAAAAUUUGAAAUCCUGUCUACAGCAAUUUUUUCUCUCUUUUCCACCAUAGGAUCAAGUCAUACAGAAGAUAUUGAAUGCCAACAGGUUGUCAAAGGAGACACCUGGCAGACGUCCUGAACAGGAUAUUGAGCUGGUGACCCAAGAUGUAGACAAGCCUUUGACUGACGAGACCCAAGAAUCUAUAUCAAAGACAGACAAUCGCACCCUUGAAGACUUUAAGGGCAGAUGUAGCAUUACCACUGAGGUAGAUGAAGAUGUUCAGGAGGCGGAGCAUGAGGAAAAGGGAGGUCGCAAUUUGGGUAGUGUGAAACCAAGACGAGUUGAUGAAGAGGACAACGAUAAGGGUGGAAAGAAGGGUGGGGCAGAGGUCCAAGCCACCAAUAGGGACGAGACUGAGGUGGAAAACCUGCCCUCUGAUACUGCUGAUGACAGCUUACCUCCACCAAAGACCCUGAAUGCUGACCAAAGCAGCGAUACGGACAUGGAAGUUGACGCCACCGAUGGUGUCACAGGGGAUAGUGUUCAGAGUUGUUCUGUGGAGUGCCCAAUGACACCCACUCUCGCCCCCACCCCUAGACAGUAUCAUGGCUUUGACUUUGAGCAGUCGGCGAGGAAAGGAUCAACCGUAUCAGAGCACAACUGA